AGCUCGAAUUUGGAUGGUGAUGGCUGUUCAAGCACCUGCGAGGUCUGUCAUGGAUGAUAUGGAUGAUGAUGAUGCCCCUUUAGUUUUUAGAAGGGGUGGGAACUCAGCAUCUAGGCAAAGCCAAUCGAAUGCUGAAGCUAAGAGGACGCCAUCUUCAUCUCACAAUGUCAAUGGCCAAAGCUCAAAUGGCCAGAGGAAUAAAGCUCCAGUUGCUUCUUCCAAGCCACCGCCGGUUAAGUCUCCAAUAGGGAGCCCCAGAGCAUCAACUUCUUCUAUGAAGGCUUCUCCAUUGCGGUCUCCUAUAACAAAUUCUAAAUCCCCUAUGUCCUCGGAGAUUAAGCAAAUGCCUAAGCAGAAUGCUUCUUCUGCUGUCAAGGUCGAGAUUAAGUCUGUCAAAUCUGAGAAGAAGUCCCAGGUAGAUGAUGAGGAUUCUGAGGAUGACAAGCCCUUGAGUUCCAGAUUGAAGGGAGCUGCCAACAAUGUUAAGAAAGAAGUUGGUGGUCCCAGUCAUGUGAAAAAGGAGGACUCUGAUGAUGAUGACGAUGAUCUCCCUUUGGCUUCAAGGAUGUCAACUAAACCUAAUCAUUUGAGUGAAAAGAAACCUCUAGCCUCAAAACUUCAGCAGAAUGGCAGCUCAACUUCUAAUACGAACAAGAUGAAAACUUCUGUUGUGCCAAACAAGAGACCUAUGGAGAAGAGCAAUUCUUCGGAUCAAUCCUCUGCUAAAAAGCAAAAGCUUUCUGUUCCAUCUUCCACCACAAAAGCCAAACCUGCAGCAGUUAAAGCAGAGGAGAAGGCUGAUGAUGAUGAUGAUGAUAUCCCAAUCUCCCAGAGGAUCAAGAAGGCAACAGUGUCUGCAAGAAAACCAUCGUCUGCAAACACAAAAGCAACAAAAGUGGUCUCUUCUUCUUUCAAGAAGGCCAACAUGAAGAACACAAAACAAAUGAAAAAGUCCAAGUUUUCCAAGUCAACAAAAGUCCAACCUGGCUCUACUGAUGGCCAGAGAAAAUGGACUACCUUGGUUCACAGUGGUGUAAUUUUUCCUCCUCCAUACCAGCCUCAUGGAGUUAAGAUACUGUACAAGGGGAAGCCAAUUGAUUUGACUCCCGAACAAGAAGAGGUUGCCACUAUGUAUGCCGUGAUGAAAGAUACUGACUAUAUGCAAAAGCCAAAGUUCCUUGAGAAUUUCUGGAAUGAUUGGCGCAGGAUACUCGGGAGGAAUCAUGUAAUACAGAAGUUGGAUGAUUGUGAUUUUACACCAAUAUAUGAAUGGCAUCAGCAGGAGAAAGAGAAGAAGAAACAAAUGAGUACAGAAGAGAAGAAGGCAAUCAAAGAACAAAAAAUGCAGCAAGAAGAGAAGUAUAUGUGGGCUAUAGUGGAUGGCGUUAAGGAAAAAGUUGGGAACUUUAGAGUUGAGCCCCCUGGGUUGUUUCGAGGCCGUGGAGAACAUCCGAAGAUGGGAAAGCUGAAGAGACGGAUUCGUCCUAGAGAUAUCACCAUAAACAUAGGGAAGGAUGCUCCUGUUCCAGAAUGUCCAAUUGCUGGUGAAAGCUGGAAAGAGAUAAAACAUGAUAGCACAGUUACAUGGUUGGCUUUCUGGAAUGAUCCUAUCAACCCCAAAGAAUUCAAGUAUGUGUUCUUGGCAGCCAGCAGUUCAUUAAAAGGACAAAGUGACAAGGAGAAAUAUGAAAAAGCUAGGAUGCUGAAGGACUACAUACACAACAUCAGGGCAGCUUACACAAAGGAUUUCAAUAACAAGGACAAGGAUCCUACAAAACGGCAAAUAGCAGUUGCUACAUAUCUUAUUGAUAAGCUAGCUCUAAGGGCCGGUAAUGAGAAGGUAAAUUGAGUUCCUUUCUUUCUAAACAUCCUCAUCUACUUCUUUCUUUGUUUUCCCCCUUAAUUUCCUUUAUACCAGGUACAGGUUCUGGAAUCUAAAUAAGCCAUCAGUUAUGGUGUGUAAUGUGACCAAUCUACACAAAUGCUACUUGCUUUGUUUCUGCUGCCAUUCAUCAGCCUAAAUGCAUGUUAUGGGAAGAUUGAUGAUUUUGCGACGAGGGUUUCAAUGGGGCCCUUAAAAAGGCUGCAAUUACCAUACAGAUGCUGCAAAUGGCCAUGUGGAUCCUGACUAUCUCAUGCUUAGAGUCUAGAGUGAUAAAUCAGAUACUGUUCAAUGACCUGUGGCUGUGUACUUUGAUGUUCUUUGUACUCUUGGCUGAAUAAGUGCCCUGGGAGUUGCCUUUCCUUUAUUAUCUUGUUCCCUAAUAUUACCGCCUUUUGUUUCUGCACGUCACCUUUAAGAAUGAUGUCCUGCUGCUGUAUCGUUUAGUUGGGUGCUCCGAUAUUGUAGUACCUUGAUCUGUCCUUUACCUUAAUAGCUUUUAAAUACCAUCUCUGUUGGAAAUUUAGAGUGACUUUAUGCCCUAUGACUGAUUUUCUGCAGGAUGAGGAAGAAGCUGAUACUGUUGGUUGCUGUACAUUAAAAGUAUCGAACGUGGAGUGCAUCCCUCCCAACAUGAUAAAGUUUGACUUUCUUGGUAAAGAUUCAAUUCGUUAUGAGAACACGGUUGAAGUUGAGCUUCCUGUGUUCAAAGCAAUUGGGCAGUUCCAAGCUGGAAAAGGGGAAAAUGAGCUCCUUUUUAACGCGCUGGAUACAAGUAAACUGAAUGCCCACUUGAAGGAACUCAUGCCUGGGCUUACAGCGAAAGUUUUCCGUACCUAUAAUGCUUCAAUAACAUUGGAUCAACAAUUGUACGAGGAAACAGAAGAGGGUGAUGUUGCAGAGAAGGUUGUUGUUUAUCAAAAAGCAAACAAGCAGGUUGCAAUCAUCUGUAAUCAUCAGCGUACAGUCUCAAAGACUCAUGAUUCCCAAAUCUUGAGGUUGACUGAGAGGAUUGAGACUGCUAAGCAAGAACUCAAAGAGCUGAAAAUUGAUUUGGAGAGGGCCAAGAAGGGAAAGCCACCUCUUAAGGGUGCAGAUGGAAAGCAAAAAAGGAACUUGAGUCCAGAAGCCAUAGAGAAAAAGAUAGCAUCCGCCAAGCAAAAGAUUGAGAAGUACGAAAUGGACAUGACGACAAAGGAGGAUCUGAAAACAGUGGCACUCGGCACCUCUAAGAUCAACUACCUGGAUCCUAGGAUCACAGUCGCCUGGUGCAAAAGGCAUGAAGUUCCCAUCGAGAAGAUAUUCAACAAGUCGCUUCUGGCAAAGUUUGCCUGGGCAAUGGACGUUGAUCCCGAGUUCAGAUUCUGAUAGAAGGGAAAAUCUGGGAAGUGGUGCUCACACAACACAACCCUCCCACUUGGAAGGAAAAAAAAGGGUAGCAUAAUAUGGCAAAAUUACCAAGAAAAUACGGAGAAGAAGAGAAAGGACCAAUCAAUCCAGCUUCUUUUAAUGAUCCAUUACAUCUUUUUGAUUCACAUUUUUUUAUAAUCAAUUUUUUUCUUCUCUUUUUUUGGGUCUUCCACAUUUAACUCUGAGCUGCUGGGAAAGUCGAUGUUGUAUGUUCAAUGAUCUAAUCUAAUCAUCCAAUACGGCUGUAUUUGCUGCCACUGGCCCCAUCUUGCUUCUCUGUUCAUCACCAAUUCCAUCAAUUGGAUGCCUGUUUUGUAGCAGUAAGUAACCCUUUAUUCUUCCAGAGUAUGAUGGAAGGGAAGGCAGGACUAUGAAAUAGGAGCUGCUAGACACUGAUGAAUGUUUGAUUAUGUAAUUUUAUGAGGAAUUGUUAUCAUUGUAU